GCGCUGAGAAUCAUCUAUAGGUUUACCUCGUUGUGCGGAAGAAAAAGGCAGCGCCAUGAACCAAGUAGUGACUAUAGAGGAGCCCCAAGUCAAACCACAAGUGUCUGAAACCCAGAGCGGGAUAAGGGCGUGUCCAGGAGGCAAUGUCUCCUCCAACCGGGCGUACGACUUUCUGUACGAUCCAUUGUUUACUAUGUCAAGUGCGAAAGACUACGCACAGGCAAAUCUCCAAGCUACCCUGUUUAGAAGCAAACUGAAAAAAGUUCCCAAGUUUCGAACCAUGUUCAGUAGCAUGGUGAAUUAUCCAAGCUAUACUCUGUACUGGAGCAAAGCAGACCCUGUGCCACCAUUCAUCUGUCGUGAGUGGAAGAGACCUGCGGAGAAAUGCAGAGAACCCUUUCGGCAGCUUGCUGUAACUGACACUACUUUUCAGAUGCCUAAAGAAGUGUAUGAAGAUCCUGAAGUUACUGGAAAAAAUCGCUAUAAAUAUUUUGAAAGGCCUUUCCUUCCUUUUUAUGAACAAUUACCAGUCAAUGUUGUUCUCACAGCAACUACGGCAGAGCCAUAUAUUUUUCCUCCUCCUUCAUCUAAGUACCCACCCAUCCCUGCAAAGGAGACUGUGGGCACUCAGACUGAUUAUCGGGAUUCUGAAGUUCAGACAGAUCCAUAUUCUCCAGAAUAUGUAGUAUGUCAGGACUCAAUCCCUGAGCUCUUGACCUUGGCUACUCUUACCUGGGGUCGUGGUCUCCCAGCAGGGAAAGCAGAGGUGGAGAUGAUAGAACGUGCGCGGGAGAAACGUGCGUGGGAAGCCACUCUUCCUCCUCUAAGUGACAUCGCCCAGUUUGAGAAGAGGAGAAAGAUGAUGAAUGAAAUGGAGAGGAAGGAAUGGGCCUUCAGAGAGCAAGAGAUUGAAAAACUGCAGGAGAUUCGCCUAGAAAUUUUAAAAGAGCUCUUGAAGAAGCGUGAUGAGAAUCAAAAUGAAGUGAACAUGAAGCACUUGAAUGCCCAAUGGUGUCGACUGCAGGAAGCAAAGGAGGCAAAAGUGGCAAAAAUUCAACAGAAACAUGUAUCAGCAAUCAGAAAACUUGUGGGAAGGAGAAAGAAUAUAGAAGGGAAGUUCGAGAGAAGAAAUAUCAUCAAAGACUAUUCUGAUUAUGCAUCACAGGUCUAUGGACCUCUAUCUCGUCUUGGUCGUUUCCCAGACAAUAACUCAGAGGAUUUUGUAGUAAAAAACUAUUAUCUCAAUACUUAUGAAGGAUUGGUCCAACUUGAGUCAUGUCUCCCAGAUUUUGUGACACAACCCCGAAUCACACCUCCCAAACCAAAAGUCACUACCACCAAGCAUGGUUUUCUAAAGAGGGCAGCAAAGCUGGAUCAUGAGUUGGAAGAAGUUUAUAAGGCACUGCUGGAUAAGAAGAAUAAAGUGCCUGAACAGAAGAAAUCACUACGCUUUCUUGAGAAAAAGCCUAUACCUAAACCUCGGCUGCCAACUCCAACCUUGGAAAUGAGUUCCAAUGAAGAAGAAGAUAUAGAAAUGGCUGUGAUCUACCUUCAAAAGUUACUCCGGGGCAGAGUCAUUCAGAACAUUAUGUUUGAAGGAAAAGAAAAGCGAUUGGAGUUGAUCCAGGAGCUGCGCACCAGUCACGCACUUCAGGGAGAUGACAGGCUGGUGAAGAAAGUUGAGAAGCAAGUGACCUUGGCCUUACAACGGCAGAGAAAUUUGCAUGAGCACAAGGUAUCACUGGUGGAAAACCAUUUAGCUGGACUGGAAGGAAGGGUGCUAGCAGACAUGCUUGACUUCCUGUCCAAAGAGCUGGUGAGACUACAAGAAGAGAGGAGGAUUCACGCCUUUGCCAUGCUGGCUGAACGACAGAGGAGGAUGCGGGAAGCUGAGGAGAGUGGUCGGCGCCAAGUGGAGCUCAGGAUCCAGUGGGAAGAGGACCAGAUAUUUAAGGAGGUGAUUAAAGUUCACCAAAGUACUGUGACCUCCUAUCUGGAAGAGAUAAUACUGAAAACAGAAGAGAAAACUGCAGAAGAACAAGCCAGGGCAGAAAUUGAGAAGAUGGCUAUGAAAAUCAAUGACAUUGCUUAUGAAAUGGAAACUCGUCGAACUCAACUUCAGUCAGAGGAAAUUGUUGCCGAGUUGGUUUAUAGUUUCCUGAUCCCAGAGGUCCAAAAGGAAUUUGUCAAGGAAAAAGUGAGGAAUGCACAACGGAAGCAUAUUCUUGCAGCCCAUAAGAUCAUUCACAUUCACACAGAAGCCAUGUUCAUCAAGAAUAUGAAACAGCAGCAGCAGCAAAAUAAGGGCUCAGAUGCUGAAGAAGAAACCAACAUUAAGGAAACCAGCUAAGGUAAGUUUGAUAUUCAUCUGCA